AUGUCUUCCGAAUUGUGGAAACUAUCUUCCGAAGAAUAUAUUAAUAUCCUUGAAUCCAGUGAAUUUUCUGAUAUCGAACUUCUAGUUGGAGAAGAAUCCAAUAAUAAAGUCUUCAAAGCACAUUCCCAAAUUUUAAAAAUACGUUCAACAUACUUCCGUACCGCUUUAUCAAAUGAUUGGCAAAGAACAGAAAACAAUGUUAUUAAAUUUCAAAAACUGUACAUUUAUAGUGGCGUUAUUGACCUUUCCAACAAUGAUAUUAAAACAAAUUUUGCAAUUUUAAUUGCAGCUGAUGAAUUAUGUCUUAACAACCUGUGUACUUUUAUUGAAGAAUAUCUUAUUGAUAACGAAUCUUUAUUGAGAGAAAAUUUUGUUUUCUUUCAGGAUUUUACAACUAAAUUUACUUUAUUUAGUAAAUUGGUCCAAUUCUGUAAUAUUUCUAUUCAACAAGAUCCCUCAUUAAUCUUUAAAGCAGAUGAUUUUACAACAAUCAAACUAGAAAUUCUCCUUGAUAUUCUUGCAAGAAACAAUCAUUCUGUAAAGCAAAUUGAAAUUUGGGAAAAAUUAAUGUUAUGGAGUAUUGCACAAUCUAAUGAAUUACCAUCGGAUAAAACAAAAUGGACGCAAAAUGAAGUAUCAAUAUUUGGAAAGAUUAUUCAACCGUUUAUACCACAUAUAAAAUUUAAGGAGAUUAGUCCCGCGGAUUUCAUUCAGAAAGUCAAACCAUUCAAGAAUGCCUUCGAUACGGAUUUAUAUAUUCAGAUACUUGAACAUUAUUCUUUUGAUGAUAAUGUUCAAAAUAUUGAUUCCAAGAUUAUUAAUUCUUACCUAGCUCUUUUAAUUUGGUUUAUAUUUAUCACAAUUUGGAAAAAAAAAAAAAUUCUAUCCAUUUCUACAACCUCUGUUCCUAGCGAAAUCGACGCGGGUAAUUAUUUUUCAACAAAACGUGCUCAAUUAUCUCCAG